UCUUCCAAGCAAAGUUUAUUCUUUCACAUGAUGGACUCUGUUAACCAUACACACACAAAGUUCUUGUAUAACUAACCUGAACCUUUGACUUUAAAUGCUCUGCCAAAUCCUUCCCAAGCCCCCUUUCUCUUGAGGUAGAAGAUACACUUAUACUCAGUAAUGGAGCAAAACAACAACAAUGUAGAAGAUUUCUCCUUGAAUGUCUUUUCUGUCACUCCUUGUCAGCCAAACAGAUCUGAUGCCCUGGUGUCAGAUGGGGAUAAAGCUGGCACAACUCUGCUCUUCUCAGGUGUGUUUUUGGGACUGGUGGGGAUCACUUUCACCGUGAUGGGGUGGAUAAAAUAUGAUGGCAUUACUCACCUGGAGUGGACUCAGUUACUAGGGCCUAUCCUGCUGUCUGUCGGGGUUACUUUUAUUCUGAUUGCUGUUUGUAAAUUUAACAUGCUCACAUGCAAACCCUGUAAGGAAAGAGAGGAAAAUACGUCGGAACUUGACCAGACUGCGAGUGGACAGUCCUUUGUCUUCACCGGCAUUAACCAGCCUAUAACUUUCCAUGGUGCCACAGUGGUGCAGUACAUCCCUCCGCAGUACCGAUCCCAGGAAGGAGCGACUGUGAGUCCCGGCUACCUUCACCCAGUGCUCAGCUGCUGUGCUGCUGUUCCCUCCAGCACCUCGCCCAUUCUCACCCCYGGUUCUCCUCACUUCUGUCCUGCCUAUCCCCUGGAUAACCUGGCUUUUACUGGAGAUGAGAACUACACUACUUAUCCUGCAGAGAAUACCAGGAAUCAGAGGUCAGAAGACAGUUCCGAUGAGCCAGAAGGACUGCUGGAAGGCUGUGCCUGUAAUAAUUUGUCACCUCCACGUUAUGAGGAAAUAUACCCUCUGUCUUCAUAAAAUCAUUAUGGRCAAGGCACAACAAUCCCACGACAUGCCAGCAAGAAUCCCCCCAAAAAUCCUUUUUUUAAACACAUGCAUGGUAAGACAGUGUGAGUCAGACCUUGGUAUUGCUUGGUACAUGCUUCAGUAUCACUGAAGACAUUUAACUGAUCAUUUCAUUUUUCUCUGUCAAAAUUCAUUAGCCCUUUGUGAUGUAGCUUAAUAGCAGAGCUAUUAAUUAUUUAAUAGCAACACCAUUAAUAGCAAAGCCCUUAAACUCAAGGAUCUUACUCCAUAUUAGGAUUCCCCAACAAGAAGCUUGAUUGUCAGACUUGCUGAAACCAGCGUGAAYGGUGAAUGCACAAGAUGUUUGUGGAAGAUCAUGAUUGCUCCUGGACACUCAGCAUCUUUAGAAAACACUUGAUUUUUUUCUUGGUAUAUUUUCAUUCUUGAUUCUUGGGAAACUUUGAAAGUGCUCAAGUGUCUGAUCCAUGAAAGUGCCUAUUAUGUCUUAAUUUUGUUUGAUUCUGUAGACUAGUUCACUCAUUUAUAAGUCCAGUCAACAUAUUAGACUUUCUCUACUUGUUUUACCUGUACAGCUC